CAGCCCCUUAGAGUAAUAAUACUAUAUUGCAUUUCUUUUUAUAUUCUAAAAUAUAAAAAUUAAUAUAAAAUUAUUUUUCUUCAAAAUAUGGUUGGAAUUGGUAUUAAAAAAUGGGCACUAUUGAGAAGCUGAAAUAAUCGACCCGUUUUUGAAACGCGGGUCAACCCGCCUCCUUCAUUUGCAGUAGGGUUUAGAUAUUUAAUCGCAGUAGGGUUUCACUCCGCUGCCUCUUCCCUCCCAGAACUGCCCUGCCGCUCGGCUUCAUCCUACGACGCUCGGAGCAAUGGUCUUCAUCAAAGUCCAGAAGAGCAGGGCUUACUUCAAGCGUUUCCAGGUCCCGUUUAAGAGAAGGAGAGAGGGAAAGACCGACUAUCGAGCAAGGACUCGACUCAUCAAUCAGGAUAAGAACAAAUACAACACUCCAAAAUACCGAUUUGUUGUCCGAUUUACCAACAAGGACAUCAUUGCUCAAAUUGUAUCAGCUAGUAUAACCGGUGACAUGAUUCUUGCUUCAGCUUAUGCUCAUGAGCUUCCUCAGUUUGGCCUUGAUGUUGGGCUAACAAAUUAUGCUGCCGCCUAUUGCACUGGGCUUCUUUUGGCUCGCCGAGUUCUCAAGAAACUUGAAAUGGAUGAAGAUUAUGAAGGCAAUGUUGAGGCAUCUGGGGAAGACUACUCUGUUGAACCUGCUGAAAGCCGAAGGCCGUUCCGUGCUCUCUUGGAUGUUGGUCUAGUUCGAACAACCACUGGGAAUCGUGUCUUUGGGGCCCUGAAGGGUGCAUUGGACGGUGGGAUCGACAUUCCUCACAGCGAAAAGAGGUUUGCGGGGUUUGGUAAGGAUUCAAAGCAGCUCGAUGCUGAGGUUCACCGCAAGUAUAUCUAUGGAGGUCAUGUUGUAGCAUACAUGAAUGGUUUGAUGGAAGAUGAACCUGAGAAGUACCAAUCUCAAUUUAGUGAGUAUAUAAAAAAGGGCAUUGAACCGGGCAGUAUUGAGGAAAUCUACAAGAAGGUGCAUGCUGCUAUUCGUGCUAAUCCUUGCCCAGAGAGACCUAAGAAGCAGGCUCCCAAGGAGCACAAGAGGUUCAACUUGAAGAAGCUAACUUAUGAGGAGAGGAAGGCUAAGCUGAUAGAGAGGCUCAAUGCUUUAAAUGCAGCUGCUGCUGGAAAUGAUGACGAUGAUGAUGAAGAGGAUGACGAGUAAACGAUAUUUUCCAAAUAAUGUCACCCUUUUCGAUCUUGUUUUCUCUAGUGUUUUUAUCAGAAGUUAUGGCUCAAUUUUGCCUGAUGCCCCCUUUCCUUUUCAUAAGUUUGUGGAAUUUGGAUUUUUUAUUGUCUACUUUUUCUCUUUUUUAUUUAAGCUUUCCUUUCUCUUUCAAGUAGCUUACUUUCUACAAGUAUUACUCCCUCCGUCCCGUUUUAAAUUGCCCGUUUUGACUUUAGGGCAUAUUUAAGAAAGAGAAAAAAUAGAGUUGACUUUG